AUGCAAUGGAAUCAAGUGUUUGAGAUAUUCAUGAAGUUGAAUAAGGAAUGGAAUCUGAUCGGAAAAUGCCACAACGACCUCGCGUGGAACAUCAGGAACUUCGUGCACAACAAGCUGGAGAAAGUGGACCUGUCGCUCAACCUCAGCACAGUGGAGCCUUGGGGUAGUUCCCAGUGGUCGCACACAGACCUUGCACGCAUGAGGCAGGGCAGACUCGGCGCACAGUUCUGGGCGGCCUACGUUCCAUGCGGCGCCCAGUACCUCAACGCGGCCCAGGUCACGCUCGAGCAGAUAGAUGUGAUCAAGCGCAUCAUCGCCCGGUACCCGCAGCACCUCGGAUACGCCCAGUCCUAUGCCAGUCUUAUGGAGGUCUACAACAGUGGACGGAUAGCCAGUCUUUUGGGCGUCGAAGGAGGUCAUCUCAUGGGCGCCAGUCUGUCUGUUCUAAGAAUGUACUACGACCUAGGCAUCCGUUACCUCACCCUCACGCACACCUGUAAUACGCCAUGGGCAGACUCGUCCCUCGCAGACUCCCCCGGCCACCAGGCGGAGAACUUCGGCUUGAAUGACUUUGGAGCGAAAGUCGUUCUGGAGAUGAACCGCCUUGGGAUGCUGGUGGACCUCUCCCACGUGUCCCAGCAGACCAUGAGAGAUGCUCUGGCCGUAUCUCGCGCCCCCGUCAUGUUCUCUCAUUCCUCCGCCCACGCCCUCUGCCACCACUCCAGGAAUGUGCCUGACGAUGUCUUAAAACUAGUGCAGUUAAAUGGUGGAGUUGUUAUGGUCAGCUUCUAUAAUUACUUCCUCACCUGUAACGAAACAGCGACCGUCCACGACGUUGUCCGUCACAUCAACCACAUCCGAGACGUAGCUGGGCUGGACCAUGUCGGUUUAGGGGCCGAUUUCGACGGCAUAAACAAGACUCCCGUGGGCUUGGAGGACGUGAGCAAGUACCCGCUCCUUCUUGCUGAGGUGCUCAAGGACUCUCGUUGGUCCGAGGAAGACGUGGCUAAGCUCGCGGGAGGAAAUAUUCUGCGAGUCCUUCGGCGGGCGGAGCAGGUUCGAGACGAGCUGAGUUCGACGCAGCCCUACGAGGACCACAUCCACCCUGACAACCUCGCGGGGCGCCAGGCGUGUUGGUGGACGUGA